AUGGCGGCGCCUGUGCAAAAUGCGACUCCAGCAACAGCCGGCACGGUGAAACUGACAGCGGAUUUGGUCUCCCGAAUGGUGAUGGUGAAAUCAUUCAGCGAAAACGAGCAGCGCAUCAACUCGAUCGAUUUCACCGCCGACGGCCAAACGAUGAUCACGUCGAGCGAUGACGACUCGAUCGUCAUGUACAAUUGCAAUUUGGGCACGAAAACGAGGGCGGUGAACUCAAAAAAAUACGGGGUUGAUCUAAUCCGUUUCACGCACAAUCACAACACCGGCAUCCAUUGCUCGACAAAGGUUGAUGACACGAUUCGCUAUUUAUCGCUUCACGACAACAAGUACAUUCGAUAUUUCCCGGGACACACGAAAAAAGUGUUGACGCUUUGCAUGUCACCGCAAGACGAUAUGUUCCUCAGUGGCAGCGAGGAUAAAACGAUUCGACUCUGGGAUUUGAAGUCGCCGAAUUGCCAAGGAGUCAUGCAAGUCACCAGUCGCGCCGUGGCGGCUUUCGAUCCAGAUGGGCUGAUUUUCGGAGCCGGUGUGAACAGUCAAAGUGUGAAGCUGUACGAUUUGCGCUCCUUCGACAAAGGGCCCUUUAUGACAUGGCAACUGGAGCAAGAGCCGAACUGCGAUUGGACCGGGAUGAAAUUCUCGCCGGAUGGAAAGCACAUUUUGAUUACAACGGAUGGAGAGGUGAUGCGAGUGAUCGACGCGUUCACUGGUACACAAAAACACGUGCUCCGCGGGCACGUGAAUGCUCGUCGGCAACCAUUGGAGGCCGCAUUCACCCCGGAUUCGCAAUUCGUGCUCUGCGGCAGUUCGAACGGGAUCGUCAAUGCGUGGAACGUGGAAAGCGGGCAGAAGAACGCGGACAUACAAACGGAUCACACCGGUUUGAUUCAACAAGUCGCCUUCAAUCCGCGGUUCUUCAUCAUGGCUACCGCGUGCACCAAGUUAAACCUAUGGAUCCCGCCAGAUGAUGCA